AGAAGUUUGAUUGACAUUCUUUCGGUCCAAUCAGCACCCGCGACUGGAAGAUGGCGCAGGACGGCGUAAGCCAGAGCUGGAGGAAGAACGUGAGCGUGAGGGGUGGAAGUGAUUGGCUGACGGCGAGCGUCGCGGUAACCUGGGCUUUUCUGGCGCCGAAAUGGCGUUUGUAGCGGGAGUUAUCCGGCGGCUGGACGAGACGGUGGUGAACCGCAUCGCGGCUGGGGAGGUUAUCCAGCGGCCUGCUAAUGCCAUCAAAGAGAUGGUUGAAAACUGUUUAGAUGCAAAAUCCACAAGUAUUCAAGUGGUUGUUAAAGAAGGAGGCCUGAAGUUAAUUCAGAUCCAAGACAAUGGGACUGGAAUCAGGAAAGAAGAUCUGGAUAUCGUGUGUGAGAGGUUCACUACAAGUAAGCUGCAGACCUUUGAGGACUUAGCCAGUAUUUCUACCUAUGGCUUUCGGGGUGAGGCUUUGGCCAGCAUAAGCCAUGUGGCUCACGUUACUAUUACAACCAAAACGGCUGAUGGAAAGUGCGCUUACAGAGCAAGUUACUCAGAUGGAAAGCUGCAAGCCCCUCCUAAACCAUGUGCAGGCAACCAGGGUACUCAGAUCACGGUGGAGGACCUCUUUUACAACAUAACCACGAGGAGGAAAGCUUUAAAAAACCCAAGUGAAGAGUACGGGAAAAUUUUGGAAGUUAUUGGCAGGUAUUCAAUACACAACUCAGGCAUCAGUUUCUCAGUUAAAAAACAAGGCGAGACAGUGGCUGACAUCAGAACACUACCCAAUGCCACAACUGUGGACAAUAUUCGCUCCAUCUUUGGAAAUGCUGUUAGUCGAGAACUAAUAGAAGUUGGGUGUGAAGAUAAAACUCUUGCUUUCAAAAUGAAUGGCUACAUAUCCAAUGCAAACUACUCAGUGAAGAAGUGCGUUUUCUUACUCUUCAUCAAUCACCGUCUGGUAGAAUCAACUUCCUUGAGAAAAGCCAUAGAAACUGUAUAUGCAGCAUAUUUGCCCAAAAACACACACCCAUUCUUGUAUCUCAGUUUAGAAAUCAGCCCCCAGAAUGUGGAUGUCAAUGUGCACCCCACUAAGCAUGAAGUUCACUUCCUGCAUGAGGAAAGUAUCCUGGAGCGGGUGCAACAGCAUAUCGAGGGCAAGCUGCUGGGCUCCAACUCCUCCAGGAUGUACUUCACCCAGACCCUGCUUCCAGGACUUGCUGGCUCCUCUGGGGAGGCAAAACCCACAAGUGUGGCCUCCUCAUCUAUUUGUGGAAGUGGUGACAAGGUCUAUGCUUGCCAGAUGGUCCGUACAGACUCCCGGGAGCAGAAGCUAGAUGCCUUUCUACAGCCUCUGAGCAAGGCCCUGUCCAACCAGCCCCAGGCCCCUGUCCCAGGGGAUGAGAUGGAACAUUCUGGUGGAGAAGCCAGGCAGCAGGAUGAGGAGAUGCUUGAACCCCCAGCCCCCACUGAAGCAGCUGCCAAGAGUCGGAGCUUGGAGGAGGACACAAUAAAAGGGGCUUCAGAAGCAGCACAGAAAGCAGCACCCACUUCCAGCCCAGGCAACCCCAGAAAGAGACACUGGGAAGACUCUGACGUAGAAAUGGUGGAAAAUGAUUCCCGGAAGGAAAUGACGGCUGCUUGUUACCCACGGAGAAGGAUCAUUAACCUUACCAGUGUUUUGUGUCUCCAGGAAGAAAUUAAUGAGCGGGGACAUGAGACUCUCCGGGAGAUGCUCCGAAACCAUUCCUUUGUGGGCUGUGUGAAUCCUCAGUGGGCCUUAGCACAGCACCAGACCAAGCUAUACCUUCUUAACACUACCAAACUUAGUGAAGAGCUGUUCUACCAGAUACUCAUUUAUGAUUUUGCCAAUUUUGGUGUUCUCAGGUUGUCGGAACCAGCUCCAGUCUUUGACCUUGCCAUGCUGGCCUUAGACAGUCCUGAGAGUGGCUGGACAGAGGAAGAUGGGCCCAAGGAAGGACUUGCGGAAUACAUUGUGGAGUUUCUGAAGAAGAAGGCGGAGAUGCUUGCAGACUAUUUCUCUUUGGAAAUUGAUGAGGAAGGGAACUUGAUUGGAUUACCGCUUCUGAUCGACAACUAUGUGCCCCCUUUGGAGGGAUUGCCUAUUUUCAUCCUUCGACUAGCCACAGAGGUGAAUUGGGAUGAAGAAAAGGAGUGCUUUGAAAGCCUCAGUAAAGAAUGUGCUGUGUUUUACUCCAUUCGGAAACAGUAUAUAUCAGAGGAAUCAACCCUCUCAACCCAGCAGAGAGACAUGCCUGGCUCCACUCUAAACCCCUGGAAGUGGACAGUGGAGCAUGUUAUCUAUAAAGCCAUCCGCUCACAUCUUCAGCCUCCGAAGCAUUUCACAGAAGACGGAAACGUCCUACAGCUUGCCAACCUACCUGAUCUGUACAAAGUCUUUGAGAGGUGUUAAAUAUGACCAUUUAUGAACUCGUAUAUAUUGUUCUUGCUUUGUAUCCCAGUGUUGUUGAUACAACUUAAAAAUUUGCAUUUUCCUUCAUGUCUACA